GUUGACCUCUUCCCAGUCCUGAAUCCUAGCCAACAUUCCCUGUUCUUUAACUCCUCCUGUCAAACAUUCUUUCUCUUACUUUGCCACCCCACCUCUGUUCAUUCUUGGUUUGGCUCCACCCUCUUCAUCUGUCCUAACGGGGCUUUUCUCCCAGACUUCCAACUCCCAAAUCGGCCAGUUCUUUUCUGACUUCUCAUCACCAGGUUCCUGGACACUCUCAUCCUACCCUUUUUGGACUGUUGAAAUCAGGAAGGAAGCAGCAGGACGGGUCCCUAGACCCCUUACUGCAAGUAUUCGUCUUCUUUUUUUUUGUUCAGGAGAAACUUUAGCUACUUAAAGCAACAAAGAGACAAAGGUACUUUACUUCCUGAAGAUGUUUAAUAUAGAAAUCACUUCUAAAGAGGCGAUCUUCUCUCUUUUAACUUUGGCAAUAGUUUUUGUUUUUAUAAGAGCACUAGGAAACAGGAACAAAAAGCAUAUGUCUCCUCCAGGCCCAUGGCCAUUCCCCAUCAUAGGUAAUCUUCUUCAGCUUGGAGAUCAUCCUUAUCUUACAUUUAUGGAGAUGAGGAAGAAAUAUGGUGAUGUAUUUCUUAUCAAACUGGGUAUGGUCCCUGUGGUUGUGGUGAAUGGUGCAGAAAUGGUGAAGAAAGGCUUGCUCAAAGAUGGAGAGAAUUUUGCUGGCAGACCCCACAUGCAUACAUUUUCUUUCUUUGCUGAGGGCAAAAGUCUUUCAUUUUCAGUGAACUAUGGAGAGAGUUGGAAGCUCCACAAGAAAAUUGCCAUAAAUGCCUUAAGAUCCUUUUCCAAAGCAGAAGCAAAAUCUUCUACCUGCUCUUCCAUCCUAGAGGAACAUGUCACUGAAGAAGUUUCUGAAUUGGUAAAAGUCUUCAAAAAACUGUCAUCAAAGCAAGGCAGCUUUGACCCUAAGAAUCCCAUUACUUCUGCUGUUGCUAAUGUUGUCUGUGCCUUAUGCUUUGGUAAGAGGUAUGACCACUUUGAUGAAGAAUUUCUCAGAGUGAUUAAAACAAAUGAAGAAUUUCUGAAAGCCUCCAAUGCAGCUAACCCAGCUGAUUUUAUCCCAUGUUUUCGCUACCUCCCAUUGAGUAUUAUAAAUGCUCCCCGUGAGUUUUAUCAUCAACUAAAUCAGUUUAUUAAACAGCAUGUACAAGAUCAUAUUACCACAUAUGAUAAGAAUCAUCUCAGAGAUAUCACUGAUGCUCUAGUUAGUAUAUGUCACGACAAAAAUGCCACAACAAAGGCUGCUUCCUUAAGUGAUAAUGAAAUCAUAAAUACGGUGUGUGACAUUUUUGGAGCUGGAUUUGAAACAGUAUCAGCAUUUUUAAAUUGGAGCUUUCUCUACUUGAUUUACUACCCAGAAGUACAAACAAAAAUCCAUGAAGAAAUUGAUGAAAAUAUUGGUCUUAAACCACCCAGAUUUGAAGACAGAAAGAAUUUACCCUACACAGAAGCUUUUAUAAAUGAAAUCUUCAGGCAUACCACAUUCAUUCCACUGACUAUCCCUCACUGUGCUACUACAGAUACUAUUCUAAAUGGAUAUUUCAUUCCUCAGAAAACCUGUGUGUUUUUUAAUAUGUAUCAAGUAAACCAUGAUGAAACUAUUUGGGAGAAUCCUGAUUCAUUCCAACCUGAGAGAUUUCUAAAUGAAAACGGCAAGCUGAAUAAAAGUGUGGUUGAGAAAGUUUUAAUUUUUGGGAUGGGCAUUAGGAAGUGCUUGGGAGAAGAUGUUGCUAGAAAUGAGAUUUUUGUUUUUAUUGCCAGUAUCUUGCAGCAGCUAAAGUUGAAGAAAUGUCCAGGAGCCCAAUUAGAUUUGACACCUGCAUAUGGAUUAGUUAUGAAGAACAAACCUUUUCAACUCACAGUAGAGCCUCGUAUCCUGGAGAAUCUUAACAUAGUUUUCAACUGAGUUAAAAGAUUCUCUAAGAUAAUUCAGAAAAAAAAAUUCCCUGGAUAUAAUAUACCAAAGUAAUUUGAAGAUGAAAUAAUUUAAUCCAUAAGCUUUCCUAUCAGUUUCAUUUAAGGCUUUUUAUCUCUUUGUGGGAAAUCGAAUAGUGUAAGGAAUAGUCCCCCAAGAAGUUUAAAAUCAUAAUAGGAAAAUAAAGACAUAGUCAUAUAAACCACUUACAAAACUGUGUAAAUAUAUUCCUCAUCUCAUGCCCAGAUGUGUGGGCUAAGUGAUAAGGAUUAAAGAAAGUCAAAAAAAAAAAAAAAAAAAAACAAGGAAGUAAUUUGAA